AUGGAACCCCAGGAGAGUGUCGUCCAGUACAGCCGAUGGAACAAUAGCCAGGAUGAGGUCAGCAUGAAUGUGUCGACCCCAGAGAGCUUGGGCUGUGAGCAGGUCUACAAUAAAUUAUGGACUGGAAAGCUGGGCAUCUCUAUAAAGGUGGUAGGUGGAAUCAUUCUGUUCUGGGUCAUCAUCAUCGGCUACGUCACUGGUUACUACAUCCACAAGUGCAAGUAGCACUUGUCUGAGCCUGCUGGACACCUUUUCCGAGGAGCCCUCCACCCACCCAGAGACCUCUUACUACCUGGCUAAGACCAUCAGGCCAAGGCUGGCCCUUGGGGGCACAUACACCUAUAGAGAUAGACACACACACAAAGAUAGAUAGAGAUAGAUACACACAAAGGGACAAAUAUAGACACAUAGACUCUUUUCAGAGAAAGAGAGGAUACGCUGAAACAAAUACAGAGGCAGACACUGGAUGAGAGAGAGCAAUACAGAUACACCAAGCCGAAACAUUGGCCUCAGAGAGACUAGAAAAAUGAGACAGAUACUCUGAUACAGAUACACAGAGAUGCUAAGAGACAGACAUACAAUUAGGUACACUCAGAAACAAAGACAUUUUUAGAUGGGACAGAGAUUGGCAGGACAACACAGAGACAUACAGGCUAAUUUACCAAAUGACUGACACAGAGACACAGACACACACUAACAACAGGAACAAAUCUCUUCUCCUGCCCCAGGAUAGAAUUCCAGACCAAGCCAUCCAUAACCCAGCCCUCCCCUGCCACAUUCCAGCCCCAGCACACUCGGUUAUUGAAGCCCAGGAUGGCAACUCUCAUUCCCUCCCUCCUUGGUCACUCGUGGUUCUCCUCACGAACAAGAUAGCCUCUCCUUUGGACCUGUGGCUGCCCUCAGACAGCCAGAAGUCCAAGAAAGAUGAGAGAAGCCAGGAGACAGUUUUAUCCUUCAGAAACCUUCCCAAGGAUGACUUAUGUUCAUGGCUACAGUCGGACACAUUUUGAGCCCAAUUUCUAUAGAAAUUUGUUGAGGAAGAGGAAGGUAAUGCCCACUCAUCUCCAGCAAGAUUUUUAAAAAGGAAACAGCAUUGUGUGUAGCAA